CUCAUUAUCCCGUCGUUUGCGCGUCAUGAAUAGCGUAGAAUCUCACUAUAACUAUAUCUUACCCAUAUUUGCUAUAAUAUCUUCCAGCUUGUUGCAAUCAAUUGUACAGUCGUAGUACCGACAGGCACGCCCGAUUAGUAGAAGUCCCGACCUGAAAGUUAUCUCUAUUUGCUGACGAAGACAUCCGAUUUUCGGACUUGUAGCUCGGCGUCCUCCAUUUGCUAUACCUACUUUUUGAUACUGCAAAUCUUCCCCAACUAUCUCUCCAGGUAGAUGCGUGUCGGUAGUUGUUGAGCCCAAAAGCCGAACACAGCAUGCGGAGUCGACGAGAGGUGAUGUAACUCCAAAUUGUAUAAUGAUGCAAUGUCCCCUCACGAAGCUAUUUGGGACUUCGCAAUAUUUUGCUUUGACUAGCCUGCAGGCACAUGAGCCCCAGAACAACAUUCCUAUAACACAAGAAAAAAAAAAUCGCAUUAUCGAACAGCCUAGAAUCAAGAUCGCCUAUCUCGACACCUGAACUCAAAAUGAGUACUGAUCCGAAGUUCGACGACCUCCACAAGCAGCUCUUCGACGAAGGUCUAAAAGUGCGCCGGAGCGCUCUUGGCGAUGCUUAUGUUGAUCGAUCACUAGCCAAUGGCUCAAGCGAGUUCGCCAAGCCCAUGCAAAACCUCAUUACAGAAUGGUGCUGGGGUAAUGCUUGGACACGCCCGGGGCUUGAGAGGAAGCAGCGCAGCUUGCUAAAUAUUGGCAUGCUCAUGGCGCUUAAUCGUGGACCAGAACUGGCCGCUCAUGUCAGGGCCGCGAGAAAUAACGGCCUCUCCGAGCUCGAAAUCAGGGAAGCUAUUCUCCAUUGUACGAUAUACUGCGGUGCGCCAGCCGGCGUUGAGGCUAUUAAAAUCGCUGAAAAGGUUCUGGAUGAGAUGGCUGAGAAAGGCGAAAUGGCUAGGGAGUUAGGGAGCAAAGCCAGUUAAUCUAAACUGAGGAUGAGGUUCGUUUCGGGCUGGAAGGGUGCUGCAUUGCUCAAUUGAAGGCCAUGUGCCCCUGUCAUUAUGCGCGCCUGUAUACCUUUAUACCAAGAAAGCUGAAACUUGAAUGAUAUGGAUAGAGACUUC